AUGACAAGAAUCUCGGAUCUUUCACAAGAUUUGAUAGAGGAGAUACUCUCUAGGGUUCCGUUAACUUCUCAGCGAGCGCCUACAUCCACUUGCAAACAAUGGAACGGUUUUUAUAAAGAUGAAAGUUUUACAAAGAAGCACCGUGGUAAAGCAGCUCACGAUACCAUGGAGAUCAUGGUGUAUGAUUCCAGGGUUCGUUUAGUGAGGGUCGAUCUCCAGGGAGACCUUAAGAGAAAACAAGGCUUAGUUGAGCUAUCCAAAAAGCUAAUAGGUCAACUUAACCAUAUCAUGGUAUCUGAUGAUGAUGGAUUAUUGUUAUCCCUUCCCAAAAACGGUAUGGUGAAGUCUGAUCCCGUGGUAUGGAACCCGUAUUUGGGACAAGUUAGGUGGAUCAAACCCAUAAAACAAUUGACCAUCUCGGGUAGGUAUAGGUAUUGUAUGGGAUACAGCAACAAGAACAACCACAAAAUCUUGAGGUUUUUGUAG